AUGGCCCGCGCCGACGACCCCCGACCGCCGCUGCGCCCGCCGACGGCGUCGCGGACCUCGGCCACGGCGCGCCUUCCGCUCGCCCCCUCGCUCGCCUGCCAGCUGCGGAGGCAGGGGCGGAAGGACAAGUCGCGCGGCGCCGCGCGGCCCUCGGAGGAGGAAGCUCGGCUCCCCGCCCCGCCGAGAGCGGUUUGCAGCCGGAGCCGGGCCGCCCGGCCGUGCCAGCCGCGCUGGGGGCGGGGCCUCGAGAGAGGGGCGGGGCCCACUGCGCGCGUGCGUGCGGCCGCGCUCCUCCGUCGCCUUCUGCGCCGCCUCCGGGCUCUCCGUGGCGCGCGCUUCAAACCCGGGCGGUCGGGGCCUGUCGAGCAGGAAGGGACGCGGUGCAGCUGGAGGAGGAAGCGGUGGAGGAACUACGCCCGGGCGGCUCCUCCACAGCGAGGAAGCCUGCGGCGUCGGGGCUUCCCGGGACUGUGGGAGGAGGCUUGCCGCACGCCAGCGAGGGGAGCACGCGGUCCUCCGUCGGCGGCCCCCGCCCGCUUGACCCGGGGCCGCGCCCCGCUGUCGCUGGGACUUGCGUGUAUGAAGACUGCACCUGAGCACUUGUUCCCAAUCUUACCAAUUUCCAAGGCCGUUAUCCCAUUGAAAACUAUAGCUUAG